AUGCCGUCCAACUAUGAUUAUGCAUCAUCUGUCUCUCGAACCCGGUCAUGUCUGCGACUGUAUGACCAAUCUGCAAUUGGGCAUCAAAUAGCCUCAUUACUACCGGACAGAAGAAGAGACAGACGCUCUCGCCUGCCGACCGACGGGGAGUCGUGGCAACGGUCAACCAUGUCGUGGCAUCGAUCAAAUGUUGCUUUAUCCUUUGUUGGUCUUCCAUUCGCCCAUCUGCUUUUCACUCGUCCCUGCCAUUUCACAAACCUCACUUUUCGUAAAACCUACCACUUCGUCACGCUCUUCCGGCCGGUGCAUGCCUUGGAGACCCUCAUUGGGUGUCUCCUCGCAGGCGCCAAUGUCCAUUCGGUACCAUCCGAGGCGUUUGGCCGAUUGACGAGACCUCGUGGAAGCGACACAUCUCCCGAAUGA